AUGCCUUCAGAAGUCGUCCACCCAACGUCUUCUGCUUCUGACGAUGAGCAGCUACCGUAUUCCGAAUUUCCAGAAAUCCGAAAAACCUCGAAUUUUGUGUUUUGGAACCGAACCAGGAUUUAUAUUAUGGUUUUAACAUUGUCAUGUCUAACAUUCAUCCAGAUGAAUACAUUGACAUUCAAUUUCACAGUGAUUUGUAUGGAAGAUAUUGUGGAGGACCAUCAUAGAGUUUAUAAUUAUACAGACACCCACUGGUUCGAGCGAAACACUGAAAAAUCGUUGCUCUUCUCAGGAGCAGCGAUUGGCGGAUUACUGGGACUUGUCCCUGCAGUUCCACUGAUAACUUCCCUCGGUUUGAGAAAUGUACAAACCAUAUCCGGAAUCAUUUCUUCCUGUGGUGCUUUAUUUUUCCCUCUGGCCAUUUCCAUCGGUUUUUAUACGUCAUUUUUGUGUCGUAUUCUUCAAGGAAUCGGCUCAGCAAUAAUGUUCACCACAGUUGGCGUGGUGCCAGGUGUCUGGGCGCCAAGCAGUGAGGCGAAUACAUUCAUGGCUAUACUGUCAUGUGCUCUUCAGCUGAGCAAUAUCAUUUGUAUGCCGGUUUCGGGACUUCUUUGUGAAUCUUCACUCGGUUGGAGAUCUAUUUAUUAUCUUUUCGGUGCAUUGACACUUUUCGUUUAUGUCGUUUUUUGGUUCACUUAUACGGAUGACCCGAAAUUACAUAGAAACGUUUCCCAAAAGGAACUCGGAAAAAUUUCGACAGGAAAAAUCGAGAAAAUCAAAGAAUCAGUACCAUAUUGGGCGAUUUCCACGGAUCCAACAGUUCUAAUCACAUGGAUUUCAUGUUUCGGCGGAAAUAUGGGAUUUUUCGUUUUAUCACUUUAUGGACCAACUUAUUUGAGAGAUAUUCUGAAGUUUGAUGUCAGGGAAACUGGAUUUUUAUCAGCGUUGCCCUUCAUUUUAUCAGCAGUUAUCAAAUUUACGGCUGGACAAGUUUCAGAUAAAUUGACGUUUUUGUCUGAAAAGGCUCGAUUUGUAUUUUUCGCGGCAACAUCUCAAAUUGGAUUUGCUGCUGGUCUAGUGGUUAUGGCAUUUACGUCAAAUCGUCUAAUUGCACAAAUCGCGUUCAAUUUUGCAAUUGUUUCGUCUGGGUUGAAUAUUAUGGGUGUCAUCAAAUGUAUACAAUUGCGCUGCCUCCAACAUGUGCAUUUUGCGAUCGCUGUGAUUUCAUUCACAGCUUAUGUUGUACAGUUUUUGGCGCCAAUCAUCGUCAGUAUAAUUUGCCCGGAUAAUACUUCUGACCAGUGGACCAUUCUCUUCCUGUUCAUCACUGGUAUCAUUAUUGUGUGCAAUGCUGGAUUCCCAUUCAUCACAAAAUCAGAAGCAGCGGAUUACACGAAACCGAGGAUCGUACAAUUGAAAAAUAUUAAUUUUUUGAAAAUUUGA